UCGUCUGGGAAAAGUGCGCGCGUGUGUGUGUGUGUCUAUUCAUCUUUUAUUGCGCAUAUCGCAUCAAUGCGAAGAAGACCCGUAUGCUUCGUCAUAUGAUGGAAUUUGCGUUGCCAACCUGCAACUACCCCCUUUACCUCCCUUCCUCCCAACCCUCCCAUUAUGCAAGUACAAUCAAAACCGUCAUCUUCCGUCUGCUGGCAGCGAGCGCACGCACACAAAAUGGAACGCGCGCCUAUGUUUGUGUGUGUGUGUGUGUGAGUAUGUGCUAAGAGCAAAAAUGGUUCGCUCUGGCUCUGUGUGUGUGCGCGCGCGUGUGUAUCGAUGUGUUGUUAUUGUUGUUUGUUGUGUCGAGCUCCUUGACCGUGAUAAGGGCAUCCAUUUAAAAGUGAUGCGUAUCGGUGCGAAAUGCGGUCUGUGGUGGCCGUUUUCAUUGUGCGUACGGCAGGAAACAAUUGCCGCAACAAUUGCGCAAACAAUAGGGGGGAAAAGCGCUGAAACUGAAGCUUGCUGCGAACGGCAGCAACAUGAAAAGCUGCUCUGCUGUGCGCACGGAGUGAAAAUGUUUAUCGCCGCAACAAUCAAUAACAGCAAGCUGUUCAGGCUUUGAUGGCGCUUACACCAGCCGCCUCACCAGCACCACCAGCAGCAGCAGUAUCAGUAAAGGUGUUGUCAGUGUUGCCAUCGUCGACGUCGUCACUGCAGCUGCCGGCGACCAUGGUGCAACGGGUAGUAGUAGUCGCCACUGCCGAUGCCACCGCUGUCGCCGCCGCCGACUCCACCCUUCACGGAUGAUACAGCCCGGACGGACGGACGGACGGACGACGACGGAUGAGGCCCGCCCGAAACGGACGAUGACGAGGGUGCCGGUGCGCCUCCUGCCCGUUGUGUGUGUGUGUAGUGUUUUGCAUAUGCCGUUGUUGUUGUGUUGUCCUUGCUGUUGGUGAUCAUGUUACAGCAGUGCCGGUUGGGGCCACUUUCUUCUUGCGCGUAAAACAAAGCCUGCCGAGGAUUGCACAUACUCACAACACUCUCCGUCUAUCUAUCUCUCUAUCUCUCUCUGUCUGUCUCUCUGUCUCUCUGUCUCUCGCUGUACAUCUGUGUUCCCACUCCAUACUGCACCGGAUUCAUAGUUCGGAAAACUUCACCCACUUGGGAGUGUUGUGUGAGCGUACUGACGAAACGCCGACAAGUGUUUGUGCACGCGCGCGUGUGUGUCUGUGGGACAGUGGUCCAACAUUCCGGCAGUCCCAGGUGUGCGCCGCGAUUAGCGAAGUGAUUUGUGGUCACCGUUGUUCCUAAUAGAAAGGAAGUCGACAAAAGCCGGCAAUCGUGCGUGCGUGUUUGUGUUGUGGCACAAUCUGAUCUGAAAGAUAUCGGCGAAAACGAAGCAAAUUAAGGUGAUUUGGAAGUGAAAUUUAACUAGAAAAGUAAAACAGUACCAGCGGAGGUGGUGGCUCGUCCUGCACCAAGUGCGGCGACUGGCGCAGAGAAAGAGAAAGAGAAGGCCCGUGGCCUGUUGUGUUGCACAGUGGCUUAGCAACCGCGGCCAAAUAGCCUACUCUAAAAGUGUGUACUGGUGCCACCACUUUGUUGCACUCGCCAAAACAAAACAAAAAAAAAAAAAACGGUCCGGUGCGGCACACGUCUUGGCUGGCAGAAGAAGAAAAAAAACCCAGCCACAGCAUAUCCUGCAAAGCAUAAAGUACGAGCAACGUGUGCGUGUGUGUGCGUGUGUAUAUGUGUCGUCUGCCCGGGUGUACGCACUGGUCCGGUGCCGAAGGCUAAAGCAUGUUCUCUGGCAGUUCGCAUGUAUCGAUCACGGAUGCGGCUGAUUACGAUUUCGAGAAUGCGGAAAAUGCGGCCAAAUGGAGGGGCUUGUUCAUCUCAUCGUUGCGGAAGGUGCUCGAGCAGGUGCAUCCUUCGCUGCAGGCCCGGGAGGAUGCGUUGCUGUACGUCGAGAGCCUGUGCCUGCGAUUGUUAGCGACACUGUGUGCGAAGCCACCGCCGCACACGGUAAUGGACGUGGAGGAUCGUAUCAUCCGUACCUUUCCGACCCCGAUCGAUAGGUGGGCACUGGGGGAGGCACGCGAAACGAUAGACAAGUCGAAAAAGAAGAAACCGGUGCUACCAGUUGAUCGUGUGCAUACGCUACUGCAGAAGGAGGUGCUGCAGUACAAAAUCGACAGUUCCGUAUCGCUGUUUCUGGUGGCCGUGCUCGAGUACAUAUCCGCCGACAUCCUGAAGCUGGCCGGGUACUAUGUGAAGAACAUACGCCACAUCGAAAUUACCCGCGAGGACAUCGAGGUCGCCAUGUGCGCUGACAAGGUACUGAUGGACAUGUUCUAUCAGGGCGAAAGCUCCAACUCGAUGGCACCGAGUCCGCUUCCACCGACGCCCCGCGCCAGCCUCAGCUACGAGGAGGUCGUAAAGGAACUGAUCCACGACGAGAAACAGUAUCAACGGGAUCUGCACAUGAUCAUCCGAGUAUUCCGGGAGGAGUUAGUUAAGAUAGUUAAGGAUCCAAAAGAGCUGGAUUUAAUAUUUUCCAACAUAAUAGACAUUUACGAAGUGUCGGUGACGUUGCUGGGAUCGCUCGAAGAUGUGAUAGAAAUGUCCCAGGAGCAAACGCCACCGUGUAUUGGUAGCUGUUUUGAAGAACUGGCAGAAGCGGCUGAAUUCGACGUGUAUGCAAAGUAUGCAAAGGAUAUUACAUCGGUGACGGCGAAGGAAGCGCUAGCCAAUUUGUUAGCCCGACCGGAGGUAGCCAGUUCACUGAUGUCAGCCGGGCAUGGUUUCAAGGAGGCGGUCAAAUUUUACCUACCAAAACUACUAUUAGGGCCCAUCGGGCAUGCGCAGUUAUAUUUGGAUUACAUUAAGGUUUUACUACAGCUUAGUCCCUCGCAGGAGGAUAAAGAGAGCUUUGAGCAGGUGCAAGGGUUGCUGAAACCGCUGCAGUGCGAGCUGCAGAGCAUUUCAUCACUCCUGCCGAAAGAAUACUUUACGCGCGUGAACAGCCGUGCCCGGCGGCAGUCGGCGAUCGAGAAAACGCGCGACCUGCAAAACACGGUCGAGCACUGGGACAAGGACGUGGGCCAGUGCUGCAACGAGUUCAUCCGGGAGGAUACGCUCGCGAAGCUGAGCUCGGGCAAGCGGCAGACCGAGCGGAAGGUGUUCCUGUUCGACGGGCUGCUGGUGCUGUGCAAGGCGCGGCGCCAGAUAGUGCCGGGCAACAACUACGACUACCGGCAGAAGGAGCGGUUCUUCAUGCGCAAGGUCGAGAUCAUCGACCGGCCCGACACGGACGAGCUGAAGCACGCGUUCGAGAUUUCGCCCCGCGAGCAGCAGAGCGUUGUACUUAUCACCAAGAACGCCCAGCACAAGAACGACUGGAUGGCGGACCUGAUCAUGCUGAACACGAAAUCGAUGCUGGAGCGCAUACUGGACAGCAUCCUGCUCGACAUCGAGAAGAAGCACCCGCUCCGGCUGCCGAGCCCGGACAUGUACAAGUUUGCCGUGCCGGACGGGCCGUCGAACAUCGUGCUGGAGGAGCGCGAGGGCACGGGUGUGCCGCUGAUCAAGGGUGCGACACUGUGCAAGCUGAUCGAGCGGCUGACCUACCACAUCUACGCCGAUCCGAUGUUUGUGCGCACGUUUCUGACCACGUACCGGUCGUUCUGCUCGCCGAAGGAGCUGCUCCAGCUGCUGGUCGAGCGGUUCGACAUACCGGAUCCGGCCGUCGUGUACGAUCCGGCGGCGGAAAAGGAGCUGGCCGGCGACACGGACAAGUUCCACAAGAACUCGCAGCGGGAGGACUGGAAGCGGUACAAGAAGGAGUACGUGCAGCCGGUACAGUUCCGCGUGCUGAACGUGCUUCGGCACUGGGUCGAUCAUCAUUUCUACGACUUUGAGCGGGACGGCGAGCUGCUCGAGUCGCUCGAACGGUUUCUGGAGACGGUGCGCGGCAAAUCGAUGCGCAAGUGGGUUGAUUCGGUGAUGAAGAUCGUUCAGCGGAAGGUAAGCACAGUGAGCUUCUGGUGUUUAUGCCAGUUUCUUAUUGAUUUUGUAUUUUCCUUUUUUUUUCUUUUGCAGAACGAAAGUGAAGACAAUCACCGGCAAAUAACGUUCGCGUUCGGGCACAGUCCGCCGGCGAUUGAGCACCAUCUGCCGCUGAACGGUGAGAACGAGUUCAACCUGCUAAUGCUGCAUCCACUCGAGCUGGCGCGACAGUUGACUCUGCUGGAGUUUGAAAUGUACAAGAAUGUCAAACCCUCCGAACUGGUUGGCUCGGUGUGGACGGGGAAGGAUAAAGAAACAACUAGUCCUAAUUUAUUGAAAAUAAUGCAUCACACUACUAAUUUUACACGCUGGAUCGAGAAAUCGAUCAUUGAGGCGGAAAACUUCGAGGAGCGCGUCGCGAUGGCGAGCCGCGCGAUCGAGGUGAUGAUGGUGCUGCAGGAUUUGAACAACUUCAACGGCGUGCUGUCGAUCGUGUCCGCCUUCCAGGGGGCGGCCGUCCAUCGGCUCAAGCUGACGCUGGAGGACAUCCCGAAGCGCCACCAGCAGGUGCUGGCCGAGUGCCGCGAGCUGAACAAUUCGCACUUCAAGAAGUACCAGGAGAAGCUGCGCUCGAUCAAUCCGCCGUGCGUGCCGUUCUUCGGCAUGUACCUCACCAACAUACUGCACAUCGAGGAGGGCAAUCCGGACUUUCUGCCCAACACGGAGCUGAUCAACUUCUCCAAGCGGAGGCGGGUGGCCGAAAUUACGGGCGAAAUACAGCAAUAUCAGAAUCAGCCGUACUGCUUAAAAGUCGAUCCUAGCAUAAGGAAUUUUCUAGAGAAUUUAGAUCCUUUUAAAGGAAUGAGCAUCACGGAAAUUCAGAACUAUCUGUACGAGGAGAGCAAACGGAUAGAGCCGAAAAACUGUCGCCAGCCGUUGAAAUUCCCCAAAAAAUGGCCGGACAUUUCGUUGAAGUCGCCCGGCAUUAAGCCGUCGUCGAGGCGCAACAACAGCUCCGCCAACUCGUCGAUGACGCUGCCUGGCACGCUGCCGUACAGCAAGACGUCCCUGCUGGCGAACAGUGACACGGGCGAACAGUCGCCGCCGGCCUCCUCCUCCUCGUCCGUGCACGACUACUCCAUCUUCGCAUCGGUCAACAUUCACUCCUCCUCGUCCGGGACGUCCUCGCUUUCGUCGCUCUACUACCAGCAGCAGCAGCAACACCUACAGCAACAGCUUCAGCAGCAGCAGCAGCAGCAUCACUCCGGUUUCUACCACGGCCAGCAGCAGCAGCUGCAGCAAGGUGGCGGGGUUGUCGCUGGCAGUAGCAGCGGCUCGUCACAGUACUCACAUCACGGCAGUGCGCACCACCAUCCACACCAGCAGCAGUACCUGCCGCAUCACCAUCCGCAUCACCAUCACCACCACCAUCACCAUCCGCAUCACUACCAUCCGAGCUUCUCGCAGUCGAUCGCGAACCUGACGACGGCCGGCGGGGACAGCCAGAUGGCGCCGGAGAUACCGCGCCGCUCGGACAGUAUUAUACUGACCAACACGAACCAGCUGCUGGCCGGCAGCGGCUGCCUGUCGGAGAGCAGCGGUGGCAGCUACAACGGCGGCAAGCUGCUGCCCAGCCCGCGCUACCCGUCCGCCUCGAUGACGACCCUACCGUCCUCGUCGUCCUGCUCGGCGGCGGGUACUUCCGGUGGCGGUACCGGCGGGAUGGCCGUCGGCGCCUCCAGCUACUCGAUCGGGGGCAGCCUGUACAGUGGUUCCAGUAGCGAAGCAUCCGGCUACGGUACUGCCAGCUCAGUGACGUCAUCGUCGGCGGCCAGUAUUGUUUCAAUGUCGCACAACGAUGCUACGGUGCAGCAGCAGCAGCAGCAAGGGUCGGCGGUGGUGAUCCCUCAUCCCGACAUUCCACCGGCAAUCAGUCCACGCACUGACAAACCACAACCAUUGCAUCCACCACCACCACCUCCACCGUCCCUGCAGCAUGCAGCUAGUGCAAGUCCGGGAGCUACCGCGGGCAGCGGCAGUAGCAUCGCCGGCUCCUCCAUACUGGCCAACAUGGCGGCGGUAGGAACAUCCAUCGCCAACAGUACUAGCAGUAACUUUAGACAUAGUGCAUCCAAUUCUAUCAAAAAUCAAAACUGUGAUUUUACUUACACCAUCCCGGGCGGUGGUGGUGGUCCCACGGGCAGCAGUGCGAGCGGCGCCCCUCCACCGCCGACCAAUUCCAGCGGACGACCGUCGUCCUGUGAGCAUUCGCCCGUCUAUCCUUCCAGCCCGAAAAUCCAGCUCCAGCAUAAUCAUCCCACCGCGGGAGCGGCUCUGCCACCUGUCUGUCCGCACCACCAUCACCAUGCCGCCCAUCAUCAUCACAUCGAUGCGGCGGCUGCGGGCGAUGGUGGUGGGCCGGCGGCCAAUUCGAUCCAGUACAACAGCAGCGUGUCACCUUCCGCCAGCAGCCACCAUCCGUGUCACCUGUGUGCGGGCGGUGUGGACGCAGGCGGCAGCUUGUCGAACAAUGCCGACAUUGGUCCGACACCGAUCUCACCGCACGUCAACGUACCAAAUACGCACAAUGUGCUACCACCCCCGGCGCCUCCACUACCUCCUAGGGCUAAGCGAAAAGAAUCUUCCAUGGAUUCGACCCAGUCGUCGCAGAUGCGGCAGGCGCCGGACGCACCGACGCUACCACCGAGAGACGUUAGUCCGCCGCCACUACCGCCUAGGAUUUACACACAGUCGUCACACUACCAGUUCGGAGUGGCCAGCCAGGCCGGCACGACGCUGCUACUUAACUACACGCAAAGUCCGAGUGUGUGCGGCGGUGGUGGUGUCGCCGGUACCGGCGGCAGCAGCAGCUUUCCAAUGGACAGCUCCAACUGGAACCAUUCCUCAUUCCAUGCGAAGGAUGAAUCGACGUCUUCGUCCUCGUCCUCGUCGACGCUAACGCGGGACAAUUUGAACCAGCACAAUCAGCACAGUGUCGGCGGCACGACGGCAAGCAGCAGCAGCCAGAACAGCAGCAGCAUGGAGCAGCGGCUGCUAAUGCUGCCCCAUACCAGCACGAUCAUGAUGCGGCGCAACUCGGCGAUGGAUCGGGCGGCGAAGGAAAACAUUCCCAACAUUGCCACUUCGAGCUCGCUGUCCGGGCUGUCGACGAUCGCUGGCAGCAGCGCAGGUGGUGGUGGUGUCGGUGGAGCGAACGUUGUCCCGGGCGUUGGGGUCGGUGGCAGUGGAUCGACAAUGAAUUCCAGCGGUGGUCCCAGCGUUUCCGGUUCGCUCGGCAGCAGCGGUGCGUCCGUCGGCAGUAGCCCGUCGGCGGUGAAGAACAAGUCGGUGCAGAACUCACCCAUCUCGGGGCAGGCGCAGCAGCCGAAUGUACUUUGCCGAAGGGCCAGUACAAACAUUUCGCCCCGCUUUUCGCCCGGCGAAACGACACCAAAACUACCCCCCAAACCGAAACAGAACAGUAUAAGUUCAGAUCGUACAAUGUUUCCCUAUCCCAGCACGAACUGACCCAACGGUAGUCCCGGCGGUGGGCGCUACUUCAUACGCUAGCCCGUUACAGCACCGGUGCAAAUGGACCCCAAAUGGACAAACGGUACAAACGUGACAACAACAACAACUUUGUGCUGUUGUGCUGUUUCAAUUGAAUUGAGAAGGAAUAACGCUUACACAAAGUGUUGCAGUGGAAUGCUGACAAAAAGGGGAUCAUCUCGGGGCGCCUUCUGCGCGCUUUAGUUUACACAAGGGACGGGCCAGUGGUGGUGGUGGUGGUGUUGUGGAACUGGUAUUAUUUGUUGAUGCCAAAAACAUCUCAAUCCGUACGAACAUGCAUAAUGAUUCGCAUUUUACGAAUGUGUGUGCCAUAGAGCGGAAGUUUCUUACGCCCCAGAAGUUUCCGUUUUGUUUUGUUCUCCUGUUUCAAUUUGACCUUUUUUAAUCUUCCAGCUGCCGCUGUUGCCCGGUCAAGAGUACCCCUCCUGCAGCUUUUAGUUUGAUGUUGUCUUAAGAAAAAGGGAAGAGUUUUUAAUGUGUGACUACACUUUGCGCCGACGAUGUGUUGUGCGUGGCAAUGGUGGGAAAAAAAGUAUUAAUUCGUUUGAAAUUGGCACGCCGCAAAAAAGUGCCGCAUGAGAGCGACAAAAGAACACAUGAUACAGGUAGAGGCAGGGUUGUUUAGCGGGUUGAUAGAGAUUUGAACACCUUACCUAUCACAUGCAUGUUGGUAGUACUUGCACAUGGUUGGUUAAUAAUUUUUCAGUUCCAAUUUCAAGUGCCACGACGAGAGGAAGCUGCAUGGAAUGAUUUGAAUUGAAGCAAACUUGCGCUGUCGCAUUUGGCGUGUUACCUCUCUGUCUGUUCGAUGAGGAUCACAUAGUAGGCAUUUUUUUUUUUAAAUUGUAAAUCGAAGAUGCACUGUAUAGCUGGAAUGCAGCAAAAAAAAAAAAAAACAAUACAACAAAACAUUACAAAACAAACAUUAGUUCGUUCGUGCGCACGUUUUGAGCUCGCUCGUGCAGCAGUGUAAUGUUGCUGUAGUGUAAGCGUAUAAGAUGAAGAUGAUAUGCAUUAUAUAGCACAAAGGGAAAAAAAGAACCAUUUGAAGAAAAAAAACACACAGCUACAUAAACACAUUUUGGAACAGAUAGAGCAGAUAAUUUGAUUGUUGUGUAAUGUAGAUGUUUUAUAUGGAUGAUUAAAAGAAGAAAAAACAAACAAACAAACACACUAUUCUAGCGGGAUAUAGAAAGAGAGAGAGAGAGAGAGAGAGAGACAGAGGGGUACCUAGAAGCAGGAGUAAGGAGUAGCGUAACACAAGUGGUUGUGUGGUGUGUAAAUAUGCUUUUUGUGCGACCGGAACGGAUCGAACCAUUCACCGAGCUAUUAGAGUGUGGGAGAAAGAACAAACACUCAUAACAAAAAAAAAACAAUAAAUGUUACUACGUUAAGUAAGUAAUACACCGCAAGCGAACCAAAUCAAUAUAGGAAGCAGUAGACGAAGAAGAACAAACAAACCCCAAAUACCUAAAUGUGUCGAAACGAAACAAAACAUCACAACACUCACUCACUGACUCACACAUACACACACACACACACACACCAUCCACGUGCAUCUUCUCCGCGUGGUGGCAAGAACAGAAGCACGCAGGACAUUUGCUCCUUAACUAGACUGUGCAACUAUCGCUUGGCAUUCCGCGUAAGUGGAACUGGUCGGAACUGGUAUUACUGUAUAGGGAAAUAUCUCCUGUUUUAGUAGUCGGUCGGGUAAUGCUAAUUCUUCCCUGUUGUAUUCUCGGUCUCAUCGUGAUUGAUGGUGGUUGAACUGUCUCUCUGUUAGUGCGCUAACGCAGACGACUGAAAUAGGCGGAUAGUUGACUUUAAACAACAAUAGAAAAAGGAAGAGAGCAAUGUAAAAGACCGAAAUCGUUUGUUUUACGUGUGUGUCUGUUUUUGGUGUGCAAAAGGAUGGAAUGCACAAUUCAUUUUUUGUUUUUGUAUACAAAUAAAGGAUGCACAUAACGUCCUGUUUUUUUCUUUAAAAAAAAGGGAUCGCAACUAUUGAUCCUACGAAACAAGUAUUAAAAGUCGAGAGGAACACAUGGUGGUUGAGUUGCGCAACAAGCAUGCGAACAGACUAAACGCAAACAAGCAAACAAAAAAUACUAUAAAAUGUAGACUGGAGCAUACGCGAGAUGAUAACGGCCUCUGAUAUGAUUAGUGGGCAACAGACAGAGAGAGACACACACACACACCUACUAACACCUAAACAAACAGGAGAUAUUGUGUAACAAAUCAAUGUGUUAUGUACAUAAGAGUAUGCAUGUUAUACAAGGCAAACAAGUAAACGCAUAAUAACCAACCUAUGCAAAACAGAAAACACAGAGAGUGGAAAGUGUGGAAGAAGGUGGAAAACUAAAGAAACCAAACUCUGUGGCGCAUUUUUUGUGAAAGCUGUAGAACCUUCGAUGUUGGCAUAAUUAUACAGAAACACACACACACACACACACACACACACACACACACACACAAAACACGUACACGAAGGAUACCAUUUCCAUACUGGAAAUGGAACCAACACAAAAAAAACCCAGUAGAUGAUGAACAGAAACAUGUCUUAACCGUGGUUAGUGGUCGAUGUUGUCAAGUUUGUGUUGUCGAAUGGGGAGUAGUGGAGCAUUUGGGGUAUGUAAUUAAAUUUGGACCGCAAAGCGAAAGUGGACCUUGAUCGGGCCGAAAUCGCUGUGCGACGUUGUUAGUGGAUGAUCAUAUCCCUUAAUUGAAACAUUCAAGUGCACACACACACACACAGCCGCGCUUUGGUCUGUUUUUUGUUUGUUGGCAGGAGUUGUUGGGUUGGGUUGGGCACAGGAUUAGAACGGAACGGAGAAGGUAAAACAAACAAUAAUUAAACGUUUGGCCCCACGUGUGAGAAAGUUUGCACCCGAAAUCAGCCACUCUGUGCGCGUGUAGGGGUAGGUAGAGCGUGCCACGUGUUUUAGGUGCGAGUUGGCAGUUGUUUAAGCGUUAGUGUACAACACAGACAGUGCUACACACACACACCACACACGGUUUGGGAUGAAAAUGAAAUGAAAGUAAAGCAGGAGGUGUGUUAAAUAUAUUGGCGGAAGAGGGAAGAUGUUGCAGGAGUAGCAGCAGCAGGAUAUCACAGGUUAAUAAUGCAAAACGAGAUAUAAGAGUGUGUAGAAAGGUGGAGAGUCGAAGAGGAGCCGUGUGCAAGCCGAGUGUGUUAAGGGGGAUGAUUAGUAAUGAUUUAUCUAGUGUAAAGAGAAAGUAGUAGUAGUAGUAGUAGUAGCAGUAGUAAUAGUAGAAGUACUGGGGCAAAACAUGAACGAUGGGAGGGAGGAAGAAAAAGAAAGUAAACAAGAAGGAACGUGUGUAGUGUAAUGGGGGCUGCUAGCAAGUAGUAGUUGUGCGAUACGUAUGAGCGCUAAUCCUAUCGCAAACAUGUUGUACUAUAUACAAGAUUUUAUGUAAAACAAAACCAACCAAGCAGUUGCAAGAACUGUGUGUAACAACUGUGUAAAACAGAGUGAAGUGAAUAUAGGCCAGAGAUAGAGGGAAGCGCGUGAACAAAAGAGAUAGAGUUAUAUAUAGAUAUAUAUAUAUAUAGAGAGAGAGAGAGAGUAAACAAACAUAUUAUGUAUGUAGUACCAACGGAGAAGAGAAAAGAAUGAAAUUCGUUGAGAUUAAGUGAAAAGAGUGCAACAACAACAACAACAACAAAAAAAGAAACAACCAGAAAAUGAGAAAAGUGGAUUUGCUAAGAAAAGUUUAUAUAUAAUAAUGGUUGAACGGUAGAGAAAAGAGAAAGAUGAAAAGAAGGUGUACGAAAACAGAA